CCUUAACAUUCUCAAGCCACCCUCCAAGAAAAGCUCCCUCAUUUUCACAUUCACAACAGCAAGUAUCAAAUGUAUUCCUCAUCUCCAAGCUUCACUCAAUCCCCAGUUCACCCCGGUGUCAUCCACACGCAUUACACUCUUCAAUCCUCAUCCUCUGCUAGGCUCCCAAGGCCCAGAACUGUGGCUGCUUACACUUCCACAGAAUUCAGGAGGCCACCGGGAGUGAAAACCGAAAUGGCAGCGUCGGCGUCGUCUCUGUACGAGGUUCUCGGGAUUCCCGCAAGCGCUUCCUUCAACGAUAUCAAGGUCGCUUAUAGGAGACUGGCGAGAGUCUGCCAUCCUGACGUUGUCGGGGUGACCCACAAAGAGACGUCAGCCAAUGAGUUCAAGAAGAUCCAUGAAGCAUACUCGACUCUGUCUGAUCCGGACAAGAGAGCAAACUACGACCAGGAUCUUUUCCGGCGUAACCGGCUGUACGGGUCGCCUCUCAGUUCCGCGACGAUGGCGGCAGCCGCAGCAUCGAUGUCCCAGUUUUCGGGGUACACUUGCAAGAAGUGGGAGACUGAUCAGUGUUGGUAGAUACAAGACUGGCCAGAUACACAUAGCAGAUAGCAAGGGACAACCCUGUUCUUCAGUUGAAAAGCAGAGUAGAAGAAACAGGGGAAAUGUAAACAUGCCUCAACUUUCGUGUAAAUGAGUAAGUAGUCCCAAUGAGACGAAUCAUAUCUCUCUCUCUCUCUCUCUCUCUCUCUCUCCUCCUUAUUUCUUUCCCUUUGAUUACCAUAGCAAGAGUCCACUGAAGCCAUCCUCGUGCAUGUGAGUGCGUUUUUCCAAUGGCAAGGAAGAUCAUCUCAGA